CUGAUCUUUUCACACACCACGCCAAUUGUCACCUUACGACUCUGCAUCUGCACCAGUCGAAGAUCCAUCAUGCUCUUCAUCAGUGCCCUCUCCGCCAUGGCUACAGCCCUUGCGCUGUUAACUCCUGGAUCUAUGGCUGCUGACUUUGAUGUUCGGUAUUCCCCUAAGAAGGGCUGCGGCGGCGGCGCUGGUCCGGUUCGAGGGCUUAUGAAAGGCGCUUGCGUUCCCGUCUCUUCCACCAGUGUCUCACUGAGAGUCAUAGACCACCGCUCCGGCCUGAAGAUCAGGGGUUAUGGUGGAGGAAACUGCGGAGGAAAUGCCAUCACUGCUUUUGCCAGCCACCAAUGCCACGAACUACCAGGAGUGUGGUCUAUCCGAGUUGAGGAGGAGUAGAUCCCUCGUUAUGCUUGCCAAUCGUAUUGUGGUACAAAACCUUGGAAGGAACACCCAAGGGCCACUCUUGAACAGCAAUGGCAUUGUGGAAGUUGGAAAUGGUGCAGAGCGGAUGUCAAGACUGAUCAGACAACCGGGAUUGGUCACCAUAACUUUUAGCUCAAUCAAAUCUUGU